GCCCACCACCGCGAUGUCUGAGACCACAAAACUCGCUGCUCCCGGCCAGGCUGUGGAUGACAAGGAGAAGGCAGCUCCUGCUCCAACUCCAUCCCUCGACCCUGCUCCUGUCGCAAACAGCAAGGGCGAGGAGCCCUCCCCAGAAGCCUUCAGGAUUGUUGUCUUCGACCAGGAGAACUUCCAGGGCAGGCAGAUGGAGUUCACUGCCGAGUGCCUGAACCUGGCUGACCGUGGCUUCGACCGGGUGCGCAGCGUCAUUGUCACCUCUGGACCCUGGGUGGCCUACGAGCAGGCCAACAUGCGUGGGGAGAUGUUCAUCCUGGAGAAGGGCGAGUACCCUCGCUGGGACACCUGGUCCAGCAGCUACCGGAGCGACUGCUUCAUGUCCAUGCGUCCCAUCAAAAUGGAGGCUGAGGAUCACAAAAUCUCCCUCUAUGAGUCUGCUGACUUCAAGGGCAACAAGAUGGAAAUCCAGGAGGACGACGUGCCCAGCCUCUGGGCUUAUGGCUUCUGCGAUCGCGUGGGCAGCGUGCAGGUGCCCAGUGGAACUUGGGUCGGGUACCAGUACCCUGGCUACAGAGGCUACCAGUACCUGUUUGAGACCGGAGACUUCCGACACUGGAAUGAGUGGUCUGCCUUCCAGCCCCAGAUCCAGUCCAUCCGCCGCAUCCGGGACAUGCAGUGGGACCAGAAGGGCACCUUUGUCACCCCCGACGUGCCCUCCGACUGAGCGUGCUGCCUGCUAGCUACGAGUCCCGGGCCCCGUGGGGCACCCCCGCCUCCCCCCGCGCUCGCCUGCCCAGCACUUUCCUUGUA